GCAGUGGCUGACUCAGUGGAUCUAGAGAUAGACAGAGAGAGUGUGAGAGAGAGAAAGAGAGAGAGAGACAGACAGACACACAGGGAGAGAAACAGAGAGCCCUUUCCUCGACCAGUGGCUCUCUUUCAUUGGCUCGGUGCACUGGACCGGCAAACAGGAAACACUACAACACCAUGCCUGUUUCUGUCGCUACAUCAAGUCUCUACCACUACCGCUGCUACUACCUCGCAUCAUCUUCACUAGAACCAGCCAGCAUUCAGACAGAGGAUCAGAGAGAGAGAGAGCGGGAAGCCCCCUGAAAGACAGACUCGGCGGAGUAAAGAAACAAGAGACUGUGGCUGAGGCUGGACCAGGGUUACGACGCUACAGACUGAAGUCAAGCAGCUGCUGUGUUUCUCUUCCUGCUCCCAGCUGCUGGAGCUCCAUGCGAGAGGAGAAAAAGUAGAGCGGCGGAAAGAGAGAACUGCUGUUGAGAGUCUGGAAGAGCUGGAAGACGGAAAACAAAGCCCACGUAGCAACACCGCUCUGAAGUGGCUCAAGAGAGACAUACUGACUGACUCUCAAGUGGCUCAAGAGAGACAUACUGACUGACUCUCAAGUGGCUCAAGAGAGACAUACUGACUGACUCUCAAGUGGCUCAAGAGAGACAUACUGACUGACUCUCAAAGUGGCUCAAGAGAGACAUACUGACUGACUCUCAAGUGGCUCAAGAGAGACAUACUGACUGACUCUCAAGUGGCUCAAGAGAGACAGAUUGACUGACUGACUGCUGCUCCAGUGGAUGCUCAAGACCACGUUGUGACGCUCCAAGACUCACUGACGCGAGGGUUGGCUUCUCCCAACACACCUGACUGAAGGACUGACCCUCGGGUUGUGACCAGAGCAGUGGCUCAUGCUGACAACACACAGCAGGAUUUAAAGGGAGUUAGUUCUCCUCGACCUUAAACCUGUAGAAUUCUCUUUGACGUCUGACUAUCAGCGUAGUAUGGAACACUGAAUGCCCCCCCCCGUUACAAGGACUUUGGUUCAGGUUCUGUAGCUCUACGACCAGGCUCUUGUAGAUGUAAGACUUCAUUGUUUUUGCUUCUCUUGAUUCUGACUGUUUGUCUGUGCGCUCAGUGGAAGACCCCCCCCUCCAGCUCGUGCCUCAUGGCUUGCUACUACAUUGUCAUCAGUUCUACUCACCUCAGCAACGGCCACUUCAGGAACAUCAAGGGAGUUUUCCGCGGACCCCUCAGCAAAAAUGGCAACAAGAACUUGGACUACGCGGAGAAGGAGAGGACGACGACCAUGGCCAAGGCCUUGGAGGACCUGAAGGCCAACUUCUACUGUGAUCUGUGUGACAAGCAGUACUACAAGCAUCAGGAGUUUGACAACCACAUUAACUCUUAUGACCAUGCUCACAAACAGAGGCUGAAGGAGCUGAAGCAGAGAGAGUUUGCCCGGAACGUGGCCUCUAAGACCAGGAAGGAUGCGCGGAAACAGGAGAGAGCACUCCGGAGGAUACAUGAGCUUGCCGAACAACGCAGAGAGGUCCAUUGCGCUCCAGGCAGUGGCCCCAAGUUCAAGUCCACUACGGUGGCAGUGGAGGGCAGUUUCAGAGACAGCUGUACCAAUGGACCUUCAGAGGAGUCCAACAACUCCACAGUUCAGGAGACAGGAACCCACAACCACACCAGCACCGGCACUGGCCUGGCCACCAACAGCAAGACCCAGAAAACACUAUACUGGCCUUACACGGGAAAGGCCAAGAAACAGACUUACAACAGGCACAAAAUAGCAUUCUCAUUCUCCUUCCCAAAGAAAGCAUCCAUGAAGCUGAAAUCUUCGGCCGCCGUAUUCUGUGACAACACAGAGGAGGGUUCCAAAGAAUGCGUCAGAAGACAGAAGCUCAGAAUGCCCCUUGUUGAGUUGAACAUUCUGGACUCUCCUACUGCAGAGGAAAAGGGACUGGGUCAUGGGACUGUGGAGGCUAUUGACACUCAGCCUGGUGAUCUCAGCCCAAACAGUGUUCAUUUUAGUGAGUGGAGCCAGAGGUCAUCAGAUGCACUAGCCAGGUCUGACAUCCCGAUGCCACCACAGUGCUCGCAUUUGUGUUCUGUGUUAGUUAACUCUGAGGAUAUGGCCAGACCUUAUGUGUCCUCCGUCUCCCAAUUACCUGCAUUCCCAGGCAACCCAGACACAGUACUAGAUAGACCGAACUCUGAGGAAACACAGAGAAACAGCACAACAGAGGCCGAGCCGGAAACAAGCAAACUCCAGCAAGAUCAUAAAAUAGAGGAGAGUGUCUGUGGGGAAGAGGACUCCUCCAUUAGCAGUUUCUCUUCUGAGGUCGUCUCCGGUUCUGAUGGUCUCCCUGAGAACGGCUCCUCCUCUCAAUCCUCUCAGUGUCCUGGGACUGUGAGAGAGGAACAGAAAGGAGAAGACAUUACGGUGGUGGUGAAGACCCUGUCUUUCACCAAGCCCAGCCAGCCCUUCUUCUCUGUGCUCAGCAGAGAUGGAAACACUGUUCUCCAGUGGCCUACAGAGAUGUUGACCUUCACCAGGACAGAGCCCUGUCUCUCCUACAGCUGCAACCCCCUCCAUUUUGACUUUAGGGCCUCACAGCAAUGGCAGAGCAGGGCGAAGGUUAGUGUUGGUGACAGUCAGAGUAAUUUAUCUGUGGCUUUGUGUAUCAGCUCAACCUCUGUCUGCGCUGAGGAACCAACAGAUGUUGACAACAAGCACAACAACAAGGCCUGCUCUGGCCCAAACCAUCAGAGCCCUAUCAGAGACGGCAGGGAGGCAGUGGAGAGGAAGGAUUGUCUCAUAUGUGAGCACCACACGAGUGACACAGACACAGAAAGUUACAGCUUGCGACUUAAGAGACACGGCAGUGGUGGAUAUAGUAGGCACUCAAAAGGUAGGACUCAAUCUGAGAAAAGAGCAGCAGGUGGCGAGAAAUGGAAAUCCAGAGACAGGCGCCAUUAUAGGAGCCACAAGAAGAAGGGGAGGAGGAGGAGGAGGAGGGGGGGGAUGAGAGGAGGCAGUGAGGAAGAAGAGGAGCACCACAGAGAGAGGGAGACAGACGGAGGGUUGGAGAGCAAUACAGAGAAAAGCAACAAAUUUCAGAGACGGUCUGAGUGUUGGGAAGGACUUGAUAGCCAAUUUAGAGUCCCCACUUCACAGCAAGUGCAGCCAUUAGAGAAGUCAAAGCAAUCGGCUGAGGACAGCGGCUGCGCUGCUCCCUUUGCCGCGGAGGACAGGGAGACGGAGAGAGAGAGGGAGAGGGAGAGAGAGAGGGAGAGGGAGAGAGAGACGGAGAGAGAGAGGGAGAGGGAGACGGAGAGAGAGAGAGAGAGGGAGAGAGAGAGGGAGAGGGAGAGGGAGAGGAAGUGUGUGGUGGAGAGGGAGCGGGUUGUGGAGAGGAAGGAAGAGAGAAGAAGACAGGAAACAGCAGGCAGAGUAAACGGCUCAGCGGGCAGCCUCAGCCUCUCGGAUGAAAAGGUGUUUGGGAAGAGCGUCAGGAGAGACCCAGUCCAUCCAUCAACAGAACAGAGAAACACUGCAGGGCAUGGCUCAAAGAGCUCCCAGAGUCACAACGACACCCCUUGCCCUGAGAAACCUCCUGGGGUUGUUAGACAAAACCCAAGCAGAGUGAUGACAGUCACGGCACCAGAGAGCUUAGUCACCGUUACCCAAAAACUAAGAAUGGCCCUUUCACCCGAGAGGCUUGGUGAAGACUUGUGUGAGAGCAGGGCCCUGAAACGGAAAAGGACAGCAUCAAUGUCUCUGGCUGAUAAGGAGCAGGGCCUUGACCUCCAGGGUCCAUGCACUCAGUGUCAGCCAGCUGUAAUGGUAGAGCCCAGCGGGCCAGUCCUAUGUACCCAGUGUCAGUCAACUGUGGAAGAGUCCAAUUGGCCAGAUGGUUCAAUGGGUGAGGAGGGGUCUGCUUGGUCUUGCUGUGUUUCUUGUGGUGGGGAGGGGAGACAGAGGAAGAGACAGAGAGGGUCCAGUUAUAAUCCUCACAUCUCAGACCCUCCUGUAGGUCACAAUGUUCUCAUCUCAGACCCUCCUGUAGGUCACAAUGUUCUCAUCUCAGACUCUCCUGUAGGUCACAAUGAUCACAUCUCAGACCCUCCUGUAGGUCACAAUGUUCUCAUCUCAGAUCCUCCUGUAGGUCACAAUGAUCACAUCUCAGACCCUCCUGUAGGUCACAAUGUUCACAUGGCAGAACCUCCUCUGGAUGUACUGUCUGUUGACAGAUGUGAGCUGAACGUCCAGAGUGAGAAUCUAGUGAAUACAGCUGUGGAAUAUCUUGAGGUUAAAGGUCAACUUGCCAGCUGUAGUGCCUUGAGUCAGCCAGCUGUAGAGCACGACAGUAAGUCAAUGGGAGGCUCUCCUCGGCUCCAGAUUCAGAACAAUGUUCCCAGCAUGAAUGAAGAAUGUUCCUUCUCUCCCUCUCAAACUGGACCUGUAAGAGAUCCCCCAAAUCCCCCAGAAAUAAUUGGUAUUACUAAUGAAUACAAAAACAAUACUGUUUGCCUCCCAAACUCUUCCACUGUUUCUCUCCCGAUCAUGGUACAUCAUAUAGGAAUGGGUAACUUAGGACAAGAUUGUAUAACAAGGAAAUCGGUGGCAGUGACUGCCCAGGUCAGUCCACUGGGUGUGAGAGAGAUCAUCCCCCCGUCCAUCCCACAGAUGUUUCACAGACAGAAAACGAGUCUGGACAAGUCAUGUCAGCACAGUCCCCAGAGCCACCCCACCCACCAGGAGUGCCACAGCCCCCAGCAUACCCAGAUUCAGAGGUUUCAUCCUGGGGUUAGGGUUCAGGACGAGAGAGGGUUCAUGGAGAGCCUGAGACCUGGCAGUACUAACAUUACAGCUAGCCCCUACCACAAUCACCGACCGCCAUGUUUCCAUCAGCAUCACCUGUCUGACGGCAUGGAGAAACACCACUGUCUCGUUCAGAUCCAGACCCACAGGCACGUCCUCCACCACCAUCAGCAACAUCAGAUGUUCCCUGGAAAGAUGAAGCAAGUUCUGUCUGGAUCUCCUGUCGCGGUGUCCACCUCCUGUCCUCCCAUGCUCCACCCCGUCCACCUGUCUCCAUCCCCCAUGUCGCCCAUGUCCCCCAUGCCAACCAGGUCCAUCACUAUCCGACACACCAUUCUCCAUCACCAACAUCACCACCGUGCAGCCUUCCUCCCUGCUCACCCCCAACCAACUCUCUUACCCCAUGUUCUGCCUGUCCCAGUCAGCAGCCUGCCUAUUGGGGCAGAAAUGUGUCCCUCUGGCCCCUACCCACCUCCCUUUGUGACCUCACCACCGCAACUCUCGGUAAUGGCCCCGCCCAGUUUACACCACCACCCAAUGGCGGUGACAUUCCACGCCAUGCCCCGUCCAGCCAUGUUCCCCUCCAUGCUGCAGGCACACCCACAUCCCACUGUCAUCCCUCUACAGUCCAUGUUUUAAUGACAUCACAUCCCACUGUCAUCCCUCUACAGUCCAUGUUUUGAUGACAUCACAUCCCACUGUCAUCCGUCUACAGCCCAUGUUUUGAUGACAUCACAUCCCACUGUCAUCCGGGCUACAGUCCAUGUUUUGAUGAUAUCACAUCCCACUGUCAUCCGGGCUACAGUCCAUGUUUUGAUGACAUCACAUCCCACUGUCAUCCGGGCUACAGUCCAUGUUUUGAUGACAUCGCAUCCCACUGUCAUCCCUCUACAGUCCAUGUUUUGAUGACAUCACAUCCCACUGUCAUCCGGGCUACAGUCCAUGUUUUGAUGAUAUCACAUCCCACUGUCAUCUGGGCUACAGUCCAUGUUUUAAUGACAUCACAUCCCACUGUCAUCCCUCUACAGUCCAUGUUUUGAUGACAUCACAUCCCACUGUCAUCCGUCUACAGCCCAUGUUUUGAUGACAUCACAUCCCACUGUCAUCCGGGCUAUAGUCCAUGUUUUGAUGACAUCGCAUCCCACUGUCAUCCCUCUACAGUCCAUGUUUUGAUGACAUCACAUCCCACUGUCAUCCGGGCUACAGCCCAUGUUUUGAUGACAUCACAUCUCACUGUCAUCCGGGCUACAGUCCAUGUUUUGAUGACAUCACAUCCCACUGUCAUCCGUCUACAGCCCAUGUUUUGAUGACAUCACAUCCCACUGUCAUCCGGGCUACAGUCCAUGUUUUGAUGACAUCACAUCCCACUGUCAUCCGUCUACAGCCCAUGUUUUGAUGACAUCACAUCCCACUGUCAUCCGGGAUACAGUCCAUGUUUUGAUGACAUCACAUCCCACUGUCAUCCGUCUACAGCCCAUGUUUUGAUGACAUCACAUCCCACUGUCAUCCGGGAUACAGUCCAUGUUUUGAUGACAUCACAUCCCACUGUCAUCCGGGCUACAGUCCAUGUUUUGAUGACAUCACAUCCCACUGUCAUCCGGGCUACAGUCCAUGUUUUGAUGACAUCACAUCCCACUGUCAUCCGUCUACAGCCCAUGUUUUGAUGACAUCACAUCCCACUGUCAUCUGGGCUACAGUCCAUGUUUUGAUGACAUCACAUCCCACUGUCAUCCGUCUACAGCCCAUGUUUUGAUGACAUCACAUCCCACUGUCAUCCGGGCUACAGUCCAUGUUUUGAUGACAUCACAUCCCACUGUCAUCCGGCUACAGUCCAUGUUUUGAUGACAUCACAUCCCACUGUCAUCCGGCUACAGUCCAUGUUUUGAUGACAUCACAUCCUACUGUCAUCCGGGCUACAGCCCAUGUUUUGAUGACAUCACAUCCCACUGUCAUCCCUCUACAGUCCAUGUUUUGAUGACAUCACAUCCCACUGUCAUCCGGGCUACAGCCCACGUUUUGAUGACAUCACAUCCCACUGUCAUCCGGGCUACAGCCCAUGUUUUGAUGACAUCACAUCCCACUGUCAUCCGGGCUACAGUCCACGUUUUGAUGACAUCACAUCCCACUGUCAUCCGGGCUACAGUCCACGUUUUGAUGACAUCACAUCCCACUGUCAUCCGGGCUACAGCCCACGUUUUGAUGACAUCACAUCCCACUGUCAUCCGGGCUACAGCCCAUGUUUUGAUGACAUCACAUCCCACUGUCAUCCGGGCUACAGUCCAUGUUUUGAUGACAUCACAUCCCACUGUCAUCCGGGCUACAGUCCAUGUUUUGAUGACAUCACAUCCCACUUUCAUCUCAUUGCUGGACAUGUUUUGAUGACGUCAUCAUCUAACAUGCCACUGCAGGAAGUAUAGCUUUCAAUCUUCUUUUUUGUUGUUUUACUUACAACUAUUAUUUCAAAUGGGGGCGAAAGCAACAACAAACAAACAAAAAGUUACUGUCAAUUUCAUCUCGUACUUAAAGUAGUCUUUUCUUCACGUAACAUCCCGAAACCUGCUUUAACAAUGGAAAGGCUUCUGUGGUAGCCUAUUCAGAGUGAUAAGUGAUUUUCAUUUCAUACAAUAUUAUCCAGAAAUAUUUCCUUUGGAGUGACAAUCAAGCAUAACUACAGAAUUAGAACGUGUGCAAUACUAAAAAACCAGUCUGAAGCAGAUUAAUUAUUAGAGUGUCCUCUAGACUGUAUUUUUUUUGCUAGUGAAGUGCUUCAAUAGUCUACCUUUAUGGGCAUUGCAUGCAAUACUAGUUUAAUGAAACAUGAACAGAAGCACAGUCCGUUUUUCUAGUGCAAACGGUACGGUGUGGAAGAGUUUCACUCUACGUUCAUUUUGUUUCCUAAAGUAUGACAAUUCAUUCACAAAACACUCUAUUGUACAGCAUUCCCUCCGUAGUUUCAGACACAGCCCCCCCCCCCCCCCCAAAAAAAAAAAUAAUAUAUAUAUUUGGCAAAUAAAGUAUGCAUUGAAAGAAUGGGUCUGAGCUGUGGCUGUCCUUAUAUGGACACGGUAUGGCUACAUAUGUUAUGAGUUAGAUUUUAUACAUUAGAUUUAUUUUAAAAAGUGUCAGUGUCUUUGUAAUCACAUAGCCCUGAUUGAUUCUGUACCUAAAUCUGCUUACCAAGUGGUCGCAAAUGCUUCCCCAUAGGCCUUCUCCAUGUAAUUGUAAUACAGUAGAUGAUGAAAACUGUUCUACCGUUCUGCAACUAAUUCAACUUGAUUUAUAAAAACAAAAACAAAAAAAAUUGUACAUUGUUGUAAAUUAGCCAUAUUUAUAAUUCACUUGCAGGCUUUAUUGUAAGAUAUAAUUCUGAUUUUAUAGUGCAAGUUACCCCUUUAUGUAUUAUCGUCAUUAUUUAGAUACAACUAUGUUUUUACUUACGUUUUGUCAACAGAAUGAUGUUGAGGUAAAAAUAAAUACAAUGUAAAAAAUGUAAUUAAAAUAAAAAAAUAUUCCUCUUU